AUGGAGGACGAGGUCGCAGCGCUCGUGAUUGACAAUGGUUCCGGCAUGUGCAAGGCUGGCUUUGCUGGUGAUGAUGCCCCUCGCGCCGUCUUCCCCUCCAUCGUUGGUCGCCCUCGCCACCAGGGUGUCAUGGUUGGUAUGGGUCAGAAGGACUCCUACGUUGGCGAUGAGGCUCAGUCCAAGCGUGGUGUCCUUACCCUCAAAUACCCCAUUGAACACGGUAUCGUUACGAACUGGGAUGACAUGGAGAAGAUCUGGCAUCACACCUUCUACAACGAGCUUCGUGUCGCCCCCGAAGAGCACCCCAUCCUUCUCACCGAGGCCCCUCUUAACCCAAAGGCCAACCGCGAAAAAAUGACGCAGAUUAUGUUCGAAACCUUCAACGCGCCCGCCUUCUACGUUGCCAUCCAGGCUGUGCUGUCCCUUUACGCGUCCGGUCGCACGACGGGUAUCGUGCUCGACUCAGGUGACGGUGUAACCCACACCGUACCCAUAUACGAAGGUUUUUCGCUACCGCACGCCAUCCUCCGUAUCGAUCUUGCCGGCCGUGACCUCACAGAGUUCCUCGUCAAGAACUUGACUGAGCGUGGCUACCAGAUGCAUACCACUGCUGAGCGGGAAAUCGUCCGUGACAUAAAGGAGAAGCUUUGUUAUGUCGCACUCGACUUCGAGCAGGAGCUUCAGACCGCUGCGCACUCGUCUGCUUUGGAGAAGAGCUACGAGCUGCCUGAUGGUCAGGUUAUCACCAUCGGUAAUGAACGGUUCCGUGCACCAGAGGCUCUCUUCCAGCCCGCGAUGCUUGGUCUUGAGGCGGCUGGUAUCCAUGAGACAUGCUACAACUCAAUCUACAAGUGCGAUAUGGAUAUCCGUCGUGAUCUCUACGGUAACAUCGUCCUGUCUGGUGGUACUACCAUGUUCCCUGGUAUUGCCGACCGUAUGCAGAAGGAACUCACCGCCCUGGCCCCCUCAAGCAUGAAGGUGAAGAUCGUAGCUCCUCCGGAAAGGAAGUACUCCGUCUGGAUUGGUGGUUCGAUUUUGGCAUCCCUGAGCACCUUCCAGAACUUGUGGUGCUCCAAGCAGGAGUACGAUGAGUCCGGUCCUGGGAUUGUUCACCGCAAGUGUUUCUAA